CGUGCCCUCCUCUCUAACAUUAACAUUCUCUUAAUUAUGUUUAUUUCUGUGCAAUAGAAACACACUCUUUGCUAAAAAUCUAGAGAUCCUUAUUUUACACAAGAGCGGGUCUCUUGCUUCCCUUCCAUUUUCAAAAGAAAAAGAAAAAUAAAACCAGAAUGUAAAUCUUUAUUCAUCUUUUUUUCCCUGAAAAUUUCCAUUUUGUUAUUCCAUUCAUUCCAAUAGCAUUUCUCUGAAGAGAAAACCCAAAGUUCCUUUGUUUCUUUCUUGGCAGCCACUCCAGGAGGCCUUGUAAAUAUUCUCCUGGGGCUUGGCUUCAUUUCCUUCUUCUUCUUCUUCUUCUUCUUCUUGCUUUGAUCCUUUCUCUGCAUGUAGUCUUCAAUUUUCUUUAUCCUGACAACAAUGUUUCUAAAUUUUAAUGCCUUUCUUGGCAUAAGAAUAUGUCAUUGAAUUGAUCCGAUAUAAUUAAACUCAAAUGGGAGACGUUACGCCUGAUAAAAAAUCAGGCUGUGGCCUUAUAAAUGCAGUUUUUGGACGACGAACACUUUGGCCAAGAAGAAGCACAUCUUCUGGUUCACUCCAGGCAAUGGCAAUGCCCGGAAACAACUUGGUCAGAGAUCCUAUAGCACCAAAACGCCGAAAGAGUGGUUCCGAUGAGACUGUAUUUUUAAAUGGCCAUGCAAAACCAAUUACAAAAGCUUCUGAUCAACCCCAACUCCCUUCUUUAGAAGAACGACAGCAACAACAAGAUAAAAGUGCCGGAGAAAACUAUGCUAGGAAAUCUGCAGAGGAGGCAAUCAAAAUAACGCCGCAGGCUGACCAAUUUCACGGCGGCAACCAAAAUUUCAGUUAUCCUAUACAACAGGGCAGGAAAGUUCCUAAAGGAGCAACUGGUAUCUCCGGCGAGCUUGAAACAAUGAUUGCCGAUCAUCAAAAGAAUAAUAAAGGAAAUAGUAAUCUUGUUCGAGCCUCAUCGAGCAAUGUAAUGCUUUUUGGUAAUUUAGGUAACCUGAGACAAGGAGGAGGAAACUCGAAUUCAUAUAAUGUUCUUGAUCAUCCUCCAAAAACUGCAAGAGAAGAGACGCAGACGCAAACACAGACAGUAAAAGUGAAAUACCCAAAUAGUGUUAUGGGAAAUGUAGUUAAAAACCAACAACCACAAAGUAGUAGUAAUAAUGUAGAGCAAACAGGAAACGGUUCUUUGUGUAGGGCUCUGUCAACAAGAAUGGAUCCUGAACAACUGAAAAUUAUGGGAAAUGAAGACUACAAGAAUGGGAAUUUUGCAGAAGCACUAGCUUUAUAUGAUGCUGCUAUUGCUAUUGAUCCUGAUAAGGCUUCCUACAGGAGUAAUAAAAGCGCGGCAUUGACAGCUUUAGGUAGAGUUCUUGAGGCAGUUUUUGAAUGCAGAGAAGCUAUUCGGAUUCAACCCAAUUAUCAUAGAGCUCAUCAUCGUUUAGCCAAUUUGUAUAUCAGAUUAGGAGAUGGUGAACAAGCUAUGUAUCACUAUAAACAUGCAGGGCCGGAAGCUGAUCAUUUUGACAUUGCUAAAGCUAAAGGUCUUCAAAUUCAUCUUAAUAAAUGCACUGAAGCAAGAAGACUACGAGAUUGGAAUACCUUGAUUAAGGAAACCAAGGAUGCAAUUAUUUCUGGUGCAGAUUCAGCCCCACAUAUAUUUGCGUUACAAGCUGAGGCCUUGAUAAAGUUAAAUAGGCAUCAAGAAGCAGAUCAAGCAUUGGCGAAGGGUCCAAACUUCAGUGUUGAUGAUUGUACUAAAUAUUUUGGUCCUAUUUGCAAUGCAAAUUUGUUAAUGGUGCGAGCUCAGGUUGACAUGACUGUUGGCAGAUUUGAUGAUGCUAUGGAAGCUGCUCAGCGAGCAACUAGGCUUGAUUCAAAUAAUAAGGAAGCAAACAUGGUAAUGAGGAAGGCAACAGGCGUGGCAGCAGCUCGAUCGACUGGUAAUCAACUAUUCACGGCCGGCAAAUUCUAUGAAGCUUGUAAUGCAUACGGUGAGGGACUUGAACAUGAGCCUUACAACUCGGUUCUGUUGUGCAACCGAGCCGCUUGUCGGUCCAAGCUCGGCCAGUAUGAGAAAGCUGUUGAGGAUUGCACUGCUGCUCUUAACGUGCGUCCUGGUUAUUCCAAGGCUAGACUACGCAGAGCAGAUUGCUAUUUUAAGUUGGAAAAAUGGGAAGCUUCAAUUCAAGACUAUGAGAUGUUGCAUAAAGAAGCACCAGAUAAUGAAGAAGUAAGCAAGGGAUUGUUAGAAGCCAAGGAAAAACUCAAGAAGAUGGGAAUGUGAAGGGCAAAGAAAUUUCAACUUAGAGAGACCAAGAAGAUUGUUAAAUCAGGUGAAAGAUACCAAACAUUGCAAGACCCAGCAAUAGUGAGGCUUAUAGAAUAAAAUGAAUUUCAGGGCAUUAAUUGUUGGGCAUGUUGACAAUGAGCAAACAAAAAUUAAGUAUUUAGUGAAGGGGCAAACAUGGUUUAUUUAGAGGAGAAAAUUUCGCAACCAUGUUUAGAAAACGUUGUCAAGUAAGUGUAUAGUUGUUCGCUUGUAUGAGAACAUUUUUAUGGGAGAAUUUGUUUGAUGGAAAGACUAGUUAACAUGAUUCUUAUAAAUUUUAAGCGCUUGGUUUUCA